GUUUCAUCUUCAUGAAGCGACGACCGCCGCCCAAGUCGGAGCAGGCCAAGCGUGCGUUCUUGCGCCGACUGGGCUCUGAAAUAACCAAAGAGUCGAAUGUCGUCCAGGAUGCGUGGAGUCCCGGCCACAACUUUUACUCGACCACCGAAGUCCGCAGCUGGGGCAGCGGCAGCCACGGCCAGCUUGGGCUCGGCGACGACCGCCACCGUCUCGCACCCGAGAUCGUCCUCGAGCUCUACCGCAUCUCGACGGACCACCGCAAGCUUCAGCUGAGCUGCAGCGAGCUUUUCACGGUUGCUGUCAACGACGAGGGCCACGUGUACCUCUGGGGCCGUCCGCCGACCGACUCGACGCUGCCGACGACCGCCAAGGUCCCCGAGCGGGUGCCGGGUCUGGACAGCAUAGCGAUUCAGAGCGUCGCUUCGGGUUCGGGGCACAUUGUCCUCCUCUCGGCCACUGGCGCCGUCUACACGUGGGGCAAAGGCGGAAGCGGGCGUCUCGGCCACGGCGACGAGCACAGCGUCACCGUCCCCAAGCACGUCCAGCACAUGCCCACGACAGCCGCCAUUCACCAAGUCGCUUGCGGCGCAGAACACACGCUUGUACUGGACGCCACGGGGCGCGCGUUUGGCUUUGGCAGCAACCGCGCCGGCCAGCUGGGCACAGGCUCCUAUUGCAAUAGCAACGAACCGGCGCUCGUGGCCAGCGCCGUGCGCUUUGCCUCGAUCGUUUGCGGCAUGAACCACUCGGGCGCCGUGAGCCUCGACCACGCCGUGUAUACGUGGGGCUGGGGCGAGAAAGGGCGCUUGGGCCUCGGCUCGGACGCGUCUGCACAUACACCAACGCGCAUCGAGACCUUGCGCGAUGUCAAGCUGCUCAGCUUUGGCGGGGCACACUCGCUUGCCCUUACACACAGCCGCAAGGUGUAUGCGUGGGGCUGGGGGGCGUUUGGCCAGCUCGGCCUCGGCCACUGCAGCGACUCGAGCGUCCCCAAGCGUAUCAAGAGCCUCGACGACAUCGAGCAGAUUGCAUGCGGUUUUGGUCACUCGGCCGCCGUCUCGUUCGGCGGACGUCUCUAUCUGUGGGGUUUUGGCGAGGAAGGGCAGCUCGGCACGGGCGACGAAGGCAACCGCGAUGUGCCGCAGCUUGUCUGGACACACAAAAGCGGCACCGCCACGGACCCGCCCAAGGUCCUCCAGAUCGCUCUUGGGAAAGUGCACUCGAUCGGGAUCGCCGAGCUGAGCAUGAGCGCGUCCCAGCGGGCCAAGCUCAAUCCAGACACGAUCCGCACCGCAGCCAAGCGCAUCCAGCGCACCGUGCGGCACUUUUUACGCCGCACGCGGGUGCGCCGCCGACACGCCGCGUAUGCGCUGGAGCGACAGACGCAGUACGAGCGAGAGCGCACCGAGGCGAGCCGACAGCUUCUCGCCGAAGAAGAAGCACGGCGCAAGCGCGACGAGCAAGUCAAGUGCGACGCCUUGCAAGCCGUUGCCGUCGCCAAGCGCGAGCGCAAGCUGUUAGAAGCCCGGCUCACGGUGGCCACGCGGCUGCAGGCGGUGGUGCGAGGCACCCGUGCGCGGGCCAAAUGUGCUGCGCUGCGAGCGCGCGCCCGGGCCGCUAUGCUGGAAGCCCGCGCUGUCGAAGCUGCCGCCACCCGCGCCUGCUUCUGCGCCGACGCACUGGCUGCCUACACGGAGCAAACCGUCGCGUACCUCUCCACCGAGCUCGUCAAGCGGAUACACGUCGAAGCGUUCGCUGCCAUUGACGCCAGCGUGCAGCUCUCGUGGAUCACAGCGGCCAACGACGCUGCCUCAGAAGCUUCGGCGCUGGCAGCGCGUGAGGCCGAGGCAGCAGCCAAGGCUGCCCGGCUCGAGAGCGAGAAGCGCGACCGCGAGACUCGGCGCCUCGAAGCCGCAGCGGCCGCCGAGGCUGCGCACCGCCAGCGCCGCGACAAGGAGAUCGCGGACGCCAAAGCCAAAGCCAAAGCCAAAACCAAGGUCGUCGACGCGGUGGUCGCACCGAGGAAGGACAAGCGACGGCUCAACGAAGCCCAGCUCCGCAAGGUGGCCGCGGCGCUCAACGCGAGCCGCGAAGACCGGGACAAGACUCGACAGGAGCUCAUCGAGCAGAAGCGACUACUGGACGUUCAAGAGCACGAGAAGGCUCUGCUGGCGGCCAAAGCGGACGCGGAGAAGCGGGAGCGGCUCUUCCGAAAAAGCUUGACCCAUGCGCCGUACGUCCGCGGCAGCUUGAGCUCGAGCGUCCGCGCCUUGCACAUUGCCGAGACGUACCGAGUCCUCCCCGGGGACAUCAAGCCCCACUACGUGCUCGACGAGAGCGUGAUGGACCCCGCGACGAGUCUGCCAACUGAGGAUGGCAGCCGGAGCACGUCCAAGUACCGCAUCUUCCGUGACAUCCGCCGACCGUCCAUCCAUGGCCUCAAGAGCCCUCGGGACGAGCCCAACCAGCGCAGCUAAGACACUCACACGUACAAAAAUCACGGAUACGUAAUCGUAGAAGUUGCUACGUCGA